GAGGGGGAAGGAAUGACCAAGCGGUGAGGCGGGUGGUGAUUGACACAGAUUGUAUCCAAUUCACGGCCGAAGGGCCCGGGAGACGUUCGGAAAUGGAACGUCGAUGGUGGAUUCGAAGCCAAUCAGAGGGAGCAAGAGGCGGGGCCAGGGGCUGAGCCAAGUUCAAUCAGCAGUAGCAGCACCUGAGCAAACAGCAACAAAGUAACCCGGAAAAUAACCACGCAGAAAAUGCUCAGCUUAGGCUCGGGAGGUGGCAAAACGGCGAAGCCCUCAUUUGUGUCUUAUGUUUCACCAGAGGAAAUUAAAAAAGAAAAUGUUAACGAUGAGCUGAAGCCACAGUUACUACCAGGAGAAAUUGUAAUCUGCGAGGCAAACACGGUAGUGAAAUUCAGUCGAGAAGAUUCCUUACAAAGAGGCUUUUAUGGAAAGCUCGUCUGUACCAACUUCAAGAUUUCUUUUUUAAGUGCUGAGCAGUUGUUGGAUGAGAUGGAACAAUCAUAUAGGAAUAAACUGAUGGGUGAAAAUGAUAUCUCGUUGCAUUGUGUGGACCAGAUCUUUGGAGUGUAUGAUGAUAAAAAGAAGCCGCUCCUACCAGGUGCUGUAAAGAACAAAAUUCCUGAGAAGCUUCUGCUGUAUUGUAAAGAUUUCCGAGUCUUUCACUUUGGGUUAAGAUACACGAAGGAAGAGGAUGCUAGAAGGCUGAUCCAGGGGAUAGUUCACCAUUGUUUGAAUCCAACAUCUUUAAAAUGUUUGUUUGCUUUCCCUUAUGUUGGUGCAGCAGGUGGUCUUAAAGUGGGUCCCAUAAGAAUAGAAGAUGAUCCUCCAACUGUGAUGUUUGAAAACAAAAACGAUUGGAGAGGAGAGCUGGACCGCACUGGAGGUCUGCUAACCUACAGAAUAAUUUCCAUUAACGAAAAUUAUAAAAUCAGCACUAGACUUCCACAGUUCUUUGCUGUUCCUUUAUCUGUUACUGAUGAUGACAUAAAGAAAUACAAAGGAAAAGGAAUUCCUCUUUGGUGUUGGUCUCAUCCCAGUGGUUGUGCAUUGCUGAAGAUGACAGCUCUCCCUGAAGCAGCUGAUGACAGUACUUCACAAAUGGACAAAGGUUGGAUUGAAAGGCAGCUCCAAAUUCUUGGUGAAACCCAUUCCGUGAAUUACAUGGUCAGGACUGAGAUCCUUUCAGCCACUCUUCCAACUCUACAGGAAAUACAGGCUUCUUACAGCAGGUUUAAGCAGUUGUUCCUUACAGAAAAUGCUUCUGAAUUCUGGGAGACUGAUAUUAAAUGGCUGUCUGCUUUGGAGAGUUCAAACUGGCUGGAAGUUAUCAGACAAUGUCUGAAGAAAGCCUUGGAUAUUGUUGAAUGCCUGGAACAUAAAAACACAACAGUGGUGCUUAUGGAAGAGAAUUGCUGUGAUCUGUGCUGUCUAAUUGCAAGUAUAGUCCAAGUGAUCAUAGACCCACAUUUUAGAACAAUAUCUGGUUUCCAAAGUUUAAUUCAGAAGGAAUGGGUGAUGGGCUGCUAUUGUUUUCUGGACAGAUGUAAUCUUCUGCGAAACAAUGAUAAAGAGGUGCCAGUAUUUCUUCUGUUCUUGGAAUGUAUGUGGCAGCUACUUCAGCAACAUCCACCAGCCUUUGAGUUUACAGAGACCUACCUGACUAUAUUAUCAGACAGCAUGUACAUCCCUAUUUUUAGCACCUUCCUGUUCAAUUCACCAUGCCAAAGGGAUAAUAACCAAAUGCUUGAUGAAGAUCGGCGAAUGCUUAGCAGAUCGUUGAAACUUCCCUGUGUGUGGGAGUGGUCUGUGCAGUUUGAGAACUCUGUUCAAGCACUCUUUUAUAAUCCAGUUUAUGUUGGAAAGCCAAAAACUGAUAAGAUUAGAAGGACCCAACGCAUUAAGGACCCUGCACUGAACUGCUUGGAGAUUGUCCAUGAAAAUUUUCUCGAUAUGUCAGAGCCACAACGUCAGAUGUCACUGCCAUCAAGUCCAUCCUAUCACAAUAGGUCUUCAUCCAAAAAAGGGUUUUUCAGGGAAGAGACUGAUCACUUGAUAAAGACUUUUCUAGGCAAAAAGAUAAGCAGGUGGACACUGACAAGUGAAGAUCAUUCAGUUAACUACAAACAGUUUUAUGAAAAUUGGCGCAGUAAACCAGUAGAUCACCAUGGACUGCUUCUUCCUCUGUACGAUGGUCCUGCUUUAAAAGUGUGGGGCCAGAGAUACUUGCGUUGGAUUCCAGAGGUUCAAAUACCAGGUGGUGGAUCAACAACCACUGUGAACAAAAUCUGUGAAAUUAUAGAUGAGAUAAACACCUUACAGACAGAAGUAUCACAGAGGGUACUGAAAAGGCACACAAGCUCUCGGAGUGGUGAAGUCUUCACACCGUUUCAUCAGGCAAGCCGUCUGUCUUCAACUUUUCCAUUUGGCACAAUACGUAGGCAAUCUAUAAAGCCCCGCAUCCCAGUCUCUACAAAUCUCUCAAUGAGCUUUGGGUCAAUGGAGAACUUGCCAGAUGAGGAAGAUCUAGGUGUGUUAUAAUCUUCACCUCAACCCUCCGCCCUGCCCUCACCUGUAACGGUUUGAUUUUAUUCUUUGCUGUGAAUCUCGCCAAAAUGCUGCAAGUGUUUAAUUUCAAAGUAUUUUGCAAAACUUUGUCACCAGUCUAAUGUGUUUUAUGUGAUUGAUUUGCUUUGUUUUGUAUACUGUUUUCCAAUUUUGCGUAGCAAAUUUUGAACUGCAGUUGGUUUCUUAACCGAAAAGUCUUGGCCUGUGUUUGGAGGGCCAAAAUUCAAACCACUUGACCUUGAUUUUCUAAGCUAUUUCGGCUAUAUUGGCUGCUUAUGAGUAUUUGCCCAUUUGUUCGGGUAGUUGAAACAAAUUUAAUUCCAAAGCUAAAUACAAGGCCUGGUUUUGCCAAAAUGUGUAUUAAAAAUAAUCCAUCUCCUUCAUUAUUGGUGCUGUUUGUAUUUAUAGGAGGUUAAAAUGGUGGAGGGUUGUUUAAAAUUUCUUUGAUUGUUCUUUCUUUAAAUAUAUAUUCACGUUUCUCAAACCAGUGUAAUGAAAACGUUACAUUUGGAUUUGCAUCUAUAAUUUAAAUAUUACAAUUUCUUCCCAACUAGAAUUAAAAAAAAUCUGAAAAUUAGGAAAGGAAUAAGUAACAAUGACGCCAAGUUUAAACUGAAAACAUGGCAGUGUUCAAUGAUGAGUCAAAUGACAUUUAUUGAAAUUGCGUGUACGAUAUGAUUAGUGUUUUAAAAAAAAAACCCUCCUGUCUACUGCAGUAUUACCUUGGAGGUGUCUGUAGCCAUUGAGCUCAAGUGCACCUUGGAGCUUUGGCAAAUUUAUAAUCCUAUUUGGCUGAUUUGCUUUUUAUAUUUGAAUUUUGUCAUACUUUGUGAUUAUUGCCUCAUCAUUGAAAUAACUUCCCAUCAAUGCAUCGGAGUUUGACCAACUUGUGAAAUAUGUCUAUGUACAAGAUAUAGAUUUUAAACUUUGUAUAGGUUUCUCUUCCAAGUGGCAAUGUAAAUAGUCUGCUUAAACAGCUCAGACACUGCUAGCUUGGCAGCCAUAAUGUGAUUUUAGUAGCAGUAGGUCCUUUAGGCAAUUUUAUUACCAAUCUGAAAUAAAGAAACCAAUAUCAGAU